UGAAUAUCUGAUCCUGAUUACAAUUUUUGCCAACUGCGUGGCCCUUGCUACAUAUACUCCAUAUCCUGAAUCUGAUACCAACGAAGUAAACAUGGCUCUGGAAUACGUAGAAUAUGCAUUUUUAGUUAUUUUUACCUUUGAGGCAUUUCUAAAGAUAAUAGCCUAUGGUUUUGUGAUGCAUUCUGGAGCGUACCUGAGGAAUGGAUGGAAUAUAUUAGAUUUUAUUAUAGUUGUUAUAGGUUUAGUGAGUAUAAUUCUAACUGCUGUGCAUAGCAAGGGUUUUGAUGUAAAAGCUCUCAGAGCGUUUAGGGUGUUAAGACCGUUACGAUUAGUUUCAAGAGCUCCAAGUUUACAAGUUGUGUUGAACUCGAUUCUUCGAGCAAUGGUGCCUUUGUUAAACAUAGCUCUAUUAGUCAUUUUUGUCAUUAUCAUAUACGCUAUCAUAGGAUUGGAAUUAUUCUCAGGAAAAUUGCACAAAACCUGUUUUGACAAAACAUCAGGAUCUAUGGCAUUUGAAGAUCCACAUCCGUGUGGAAGAGGGUUUAAGUGUGCGGAAUAUGUACCAGACUCAGUGUGCCGGGAAUUCUGGGAAGGGCCAAAUUUUGGCAUUACAAACUUUGAUAAUUUUGGCCUAGCUAUGUUGACAGUGUUUCAAUGUAUCACAAUGGAAGGAUGGACUGAUGUCUUAUAUGAUGUAAAUGAUGCAGUUGGUAAUGAAUGGCCAUGGAUUUAUUUUAUCAGUCUUAUUAUUAUUGGUUCUUUUUUUGUACUUAAUCUUGUUCUUGGUGUGUUGAGUGGAGAAUUCUCCAAAGAAAGGGAAAAAGCAAAAGCUAGAGGAGACUUCCAAAAAUUACGGGAAAAACAACAGUUAGAGGAGGAUUUGCGUGGUUAUUAUGAUUGGAUCACACAAGCUGACGAUAUUGAUCCUGAAUGUGAUGAAGAAGGUGAAGAAGUAGCCACACCCAGGCAUAGUAAAGCUAUGGAAGCCGAACUAUCAGAUCCGUCAGCAGAGGUAGAUAGCACGGACUCUACUCCAUCUUGGUUCCAACAAAAAAAGUUUAUAUUAGAGAAAUGGAACCGAAGAUGUAGACGAUUUAGCCGUAAAAUAGUGAAAUCACAAGCUUUUUAUUGGGCAGUUAUUGUAUUAGUAUUUUUAAAUACUUGUGUGUUAACAUCAGAACAUUAUAGACAGCCUGAAUGGCUCGAUAGUUUUCAAAGUCUCGCCAAUCUGUUUUUUGUUGUGUUAUUUACAUUUGAAAUGCUGUUAAAAAUGUACAGUUUAGGCUUCCAGGGUUAUUUUGUGUCUUUGUUUAACCGUUUUGACAGUUUUGUUGUGUUAUGUAGUAUAUUAGAGGUGGUUCUAAUCUAUACAGAAGUUAUGCCACCAUUAGGUGUCAGUGUGUUGCGAUGUGCCAGAUUAUUACGUGUCUUUAAAGCAACCAGAUACUGGUCUUCUCUAAGAAAUCUUGUAGCCUCUUUGUUAAACAGUAUGCGUUCUAUUGCCAGUUUAUUGUUACUACUCUUCCUCUUUAUUGUGAUAUUUGCCUUAUUGGGGAUGCAGCUGUUUGGUGGACGAUUUAACUUUGACGAUACCCAGAUGAAACCACGCAGUAAUUUUGAUACUUUCUUCCAGUCUCUACUCACCGUCUUUCAGAUAUUGACUGGUGAAGAUUGGAAUGUUGUUAUGUAUGAUGGUAUACGAGCAUAUGGUGGUGUUGCAGGAAUUGGAUGUGUUGUUUGUCUUUAUUUUGUUGUUCUUUUUAUUUGCGGUAACUAUAUUCUGUUGAACGUCUUCUUGGCUAUUGCUGUUGAUAAUUUAGCCGAUGCCCAGAGUUUAACAGAAAUAGAAGAAGAAAAGAACGAAGAGAAAGAACGCACGAAAAGUAAAAGUCCCGUUAAAGAUUCGCAGGAUGCUGAGGUAGCUGAAGGAGUAGAUGUAAAUGGUAAUGAGAAUAACGAAGCUGAAAGUGGAGAAGAAAACGAGAAACUGAGUCGCCAUCCGAGUAACAGAAGUAGAAGAAGUCGUAGAAAAAGUAGCGCUGCUGAUCAUCAUGUGCGUAUUAAUCUUCGUGCUGAAGAUGCAGAUUCUGAUGAAUAUCGUCACAGUCAAAAAGUUCCAAAUAACGAAGAUACCGAUGAGGAGGAGAAAGGUGAAGAAACUGAACAUGAAGAAGGAACAACAGAUGAUGAAAUGGAUGAUGAAGAAGAAGAUGACGUACGAACAACUUCAACACAGAUGAGACCACGACGAAUAUCUGAAAUUCAUAUCUCCAAUAAAGUCAGACCAAUACCACAGGCUAGCUCUUUGUUCCUCUUCUCUCCCACAAACAAAUUCCGAGUCCUAUGUCACAAGAUAUGCAAUCAUUCUCACUUCCGUAAUGUGGUUCUGGUGUGUAUUUUAAUCAGUAGUUCUAUGUUAGCUGCAGAAGAUCCAUUACAGUCGGAAUCACCUAGAAAUAAAAUUUUAAACUAUUUUGACUAUUUUUUCACCAGUGUGUUUACUGUUGAAAUUAUUAUUAAAAUUAUAACAUAUGGUUUGGUUUUCCAUAAAGAAUCAUUCUGUCGCAGUUCAUUCAAUAUUCUGGAUUUAAUUGUUGUAGCAGUUUCCUUGAUAUCUUUCCCACUGAAUCACGAAGCUAUAUCAGUUGUAAAAAUUCUCCGUGUGUUGAGAGUACUACGUCCGUUACGUGCCAUAAACAGAGCUAAAGGUCUAAAGCAUGUAGUACAGUGUGUUAUUGUAGCUGUACAAACUAUCUAUAAUAUUAUGUUGGUCACAUUCCUUCUCAAAUUCAUGUUUGCUGUAAUAGGAGUUCAACUAUUUAAGGGGAAGUUUUACAGUUGUACAGAUACAUCUAAAUUAUCAGAAGCCGAAUGUCAGGGCCAAUAUAUAGACUUUAAGGAAGGAGAUUUUGAACAGCCUAUUGUGUUAGAUAGAGAAUGGGAAGAGAGUGCCUUUAAUUUUGAUGACGUCAAACAAGGCAUGCUCACUUUAUUUACAGUAGCAACAUUUGAAGGCUGGCCUACAUUAUUAUAUCAGUCUAUAGAUUCUAAUGAGGAGGGGGUGGGACCUAUCCACAACUUUAGGCCUUUUGUGGCCAUAUUCUACUUUGUCUUUAUUAUCGUUAUUGCUUUCUUUAUGGUGAAUAUCUUUGUUGCUUUUGUUAUCGUCACCUUCCAGAAUGAAGGAGAACAGGAAUAUAAAAAUUGUGAACUGGAUAAAAAUCAGAGAAAGUGUAUUGAGUUUGCUUUGAAAGCCAAACCUAUUCGUCGUUAUAUACCUAAAGCUAGAUUACAGUAUAAAAUUUGGUGGUUUGUGACGUCACAGGCUUUUGAGUACGGUAUUUUUCUAUUAAUUAUGAUAAAUACGGUAACCUUGGCGAUGAAGUAUUAUGGUCAAAGUAGCACAUACUCCAAGGCCCUUGACUACCUCAAUAUGAUCUUUACUGGUGUCUUCACAGUCGAGUUCCUGCUCAAACUUGCAGCCUUUAGGUUUAAGAAUUAUUUUGGUGAUGCGUGGAAUGUAUUUGAUUUUAUUAUUGUACUGGGCAGUUUUAUAGAUAUUAUCUAUACAGAAACCAACGAUGGAGAGACGAUUAUUAGUAUCAACUUUUUCCGACUGUUCCGUGUGAUGAGGUUGAUUAAAUUACUGAGUCGAGGAGAAGGUAUACGGACGUUGUUGUGGACCUUCAUCAAAUCAUUCCAGGCUCUUCCAUAUGUAGCAUUAUUAAUUGUAAUGCUUUUCUUCAUCUAUGGAGUAAUUGGAAUGCAGAUAUUUGGUAAAAUUCGUCUCGAUGAUUCUACGCAGAUUCAUCGGAACAAUAAUUUCCAGACAUUUCCGGAAGCUUUAUUAGUCCUCUUCAGAUCAGCUACAGGAGAGGCGUGGCAGGAUAUUAUGUUAUCGUGUCGAAAUAGACCCGAUGUAUUGUGUGACCCGGCUGCUGAUCAAGAUCCUGAAUCUUCAUGUGGUUCUGUUAUCUCCUAUUUCUACUUCAUCUCUUUCUAUGUGCUUUGUUCUUUUUUGAUUAUAAAUUUAUUUGUGGCUGUUAUUAUGGAUAAUUUUGAUUAUUUAACACGUGAUUGGUCGAUAUUGGGUCCACACCAUCUAGAUGAGUUUGUGCGUCUGUGGUCGGAAUAUGAUCCAGAAGCAAAAGGUCGUAUCAAACACUUAGAUGUUGUCACCUUGCUCCGAAAAAUCAAUCCACCACUUGGUUUUGGUAAACUUUGUCCUCACAGAGUAGCAUGUAAACGAUUGGUCACCAUGAACAUGCCAUUGCAUAAGGAUGGUACAGUUAUGUUUAAUGCUACGUUAUUUGCCAUUGUUCGGACUUCACUGAAAAUAAAAACUGAGGGUAAUAUUGACCAAGCCAACGAGGACUUACGGGGCGUGAUCAAAAAAAUCUGGAAGAGAACAAAUGCUAAGUUACUAGAUCAAGUUGUGCCACCUGCUGGAGAUGAUGAUGUUACUGUGGGUAAAUUCUAUGCAACCUUCUUAAUUCAAGAUUAUUUCCGACGUUUCAAGAAACGUAAAGAACAAAUGCAAAAAAUACAAAAGGGUCAAGAACACGCCCAUGCCUUACAUGCGGGUCUGCGUGCUGUACUGGAUUUAGGUCCUGAGAUUAGACGAGCGAUAUCUGGUAACCUUGACGAUGAAGAAUUUCAAGAGAAAGAAGGGGAAGAACCUAUGCAUAGGAGAAAACAUGCCUUGUUUGGCGGCGUUGUUAGUGCUAUUACCAGUGGCGGUAAAACCAUUCUUCCGUUCUUAAAUAGAACUCAAUCACUUUAUGUUAACUCAGCACAAAAUCGUCCCAAGGCCCCACCGGUCAAAAAUAUGACCGUCAAUUCCAUAAAUGGUAAAGAUUCUGAAUCCAAUUCUAUAAACCAUAUGGAUCAUAGACAACACGCUGUUCCGAACCACACACCAUCUCCACAACCUGUUACAGAAAUACCAGCAUCUACAAAUACAACUAGUAGACUAAAACAUCAACCAAGUACCCAGAUUUCCUCAGAGGAAGAAGAAGAAGAAUCAGGAACAGAAGUAGGAGAAGAACCGAUUCGUGAUUCAGAUUUAGAAACAGUAGUUUCCCACUCAUCGACAACUCCCACCCAGCCACCAUCAUCUGAUCGUCAUAUGAUACCAAAUAAUACCAUGCAUGAUAAGCCACCUGGUAUAUAUGUUUAUAGAGAUCUAGAUCUUCCACAAGAGGACAGUGAUUUUGAACGAGAACAGACGCCACCAACUCCACCACGGCCACGAAAACUAAGUAAACGAGGAGCUUCCUUGAAACUAGCGUGUAUAGGGAAACAAGACAGCGAUGAGAAUCCGUUAAUGAGAAAGGCCAUGGCUGUAGCUAGAAUGACACCAGAUGGUCACCAGCGACUCGAAAUAAACUAUCCAAAUGCUGUUCGUAAAGUGCCUAGUUCCCCUGGCAACAUAAGACGCAAUAAAACAACAGAACCACCAGGACCUAAAUUACGUCAUCGAGUAUCAGAUUCAGCAGCGUAUGGUAUUGAUACAGAAGGUCCGUUAAAUAGAACUCUAGAACGCGGUCCUUUAACUAUUCCUCAACAUGUUAUGUCACAGUACGAGAGAGCUCAACAACGUAGAAGUAGUGCGGAAAGUCUUGUUCAGAAGGUACUAAGACAGGAAGGUUUAAAUAAAUACGUAGAUCCACGGGUUCUUCAACGAGAAAUAGCAGAAGCCACGGACAUGACACCGGAUGAAAUGAAUCAAGCUGCCAGAAAACUUUUACGUCACAAUCGAGUUUCUGAUGAAAGAUGAGACCUGUAGCAAGACCGUGAUGUUAUCGUUGAUAUUCAGGUUCCGCCUUAACCACAAAUACACAAAGACUGGACAUUUUGACCGAAUUUACCAUAUGAAUGUACAUAAUACCAUAUAUGGAAGUUUCAGUUUAAUUCCGGUGUCCACAUAUUUUUUGCCCAUCAAAUUAUCAUCGUUUUAAUCUGUGUCGCAAUUUGUGUGUGUGGAUUAUUUUAUUGCUCCGGGGGACAACAGACAACAGGUUGUUUUUAAUUUGUUUUGUCAGAGUUCAGGUUUAAACUUGAGUCUGAGUAUUAUUUUUAAAAAAUGAAAAUCACUUUGACACUUUGUUUAUCUUGUGAGAUAAGUACACUUUGAAAGAGAAUACAAUUUUGUUAAACAAAACAAAUAGAAAGCUGUACUGGUUAACAGUUAUGUGUAGAUAUAUUUCUAAUUGAUGGUGAUGAUAUAAUAUGCACUUCAAGUGUCUUCCAAGUCCAUGUGGCCUUGCUGUUAAUGGUUAUAAUGAUGACUGGUUGACUUCUUACAAAAUUACAGUGGUAUCAUUAUUAUUAAUAUGUUAUCUUUUUUUCAUUGUACAUAUUCCUUACAUAAUCUAAUUAUUAAUUAAUCUGCAAAGCUAAUUUACCUUUUUUUUUUAUUCCACACUACAUGAAUUCAAGCAAGGGAUAUGGAAAUGUGCUCCUUUUAACCGGCUUGCCAUCCAUGUUCCGAAUUCACAAAGCAUUCUCAGACUUCAGUUAAGAAUUUACUCAACUUUCAGUCACUAUGAGAAAUAUCUUUGAUCCAGAAACACAAAACUUUGCACAUAGUUUCUUAUUGAUUCAUUUUAUACAUUAAAACAAUAAAAGUUUCAUAAACGGCUAUUUUUUUAGUUAAAAUAAGGCGAACAAUUUUGAGUAAAUUCUCAACUUAAGUCUGAAAGAGCCAGAUUUUGUUUCUUGAGAGUAUCUCAUAAUCCGUUUAAGAUAUCUUUAUGAAACUCUGUACAUACAUCAGCCUAUUAUAGUAGUCUGUAUUUAAGAUAUACAAUUUAUAUAAUUCAAUAUUUUUAUUUACAAGUCUGGAUUUAAAAUAUACAAUUUAUUUAAUAAAAUAUUUUUAAUUUAUUUAAUUAAAUAUUUUUAAUUCCAAGUCUGGAUUUAAAAUAUACAAUUUAUUUAAUUAAAUAUUUUUAAUUACAAGUAUGGAUUUAAAAUAUACAAAUUCGUAUUGUAUGCUCCUACAUGUUAAAACAAAUUUUGGAGUAUCAUAUUGAUUAAUAUUUUGUCUAAAAAAAAAAUCCCAUUUGUUGGUGUACUUUUUAUGAAACCCUUAAAAAGUUUACAGCUAUAUAUUUAUUAGUAAAAUUUGAAAUAUAUAUUAGGCCACGAAGAAAAAAAAACAAAUCUGGUUCUCAAAUGUUCCUGCAUCACUUGAACAUACAUUAUGCAAGAGCUAAAUCUGCCUCUAUUGCAGGUCUUUCUUAAGGCCUGAAAUGUUAUCUAAAUUACUAAUUAGAC